AUGCUAUGUCGUAAAAACGUGGUACAUGAUAAUAUCGGCGUCACAUCUAAUCUUAACCAUCAUAUAAAAAACCUCCAUAAAACUGAAUAUAAUGAAUGGUCAAACAAAUCGAAGAAAUUAGAACGGCAACAGCCAAAAUUACGUGAUUUCAUUGCUAAAAAUACUUCGUUACCAUCGGCGUCGAAAAAUUCAUAUCCGAUUGGUCAUCAACGACAAAAAGAAUUACUCGAUGCGAUUGUUCAAAACUUGAUACUUGAACUUGGUCUGCCAUUAUCACUGGUAGAAAGAUCAGCAUUUAUAAAAAUCAUGUCUAGUGUCGAUCCGAAGUUCAGCAUUACUAGUCGACGAACUCUAAGAAGAACAAUAAUUCCAAGUUUUUAUCAUAAAAUGAAUGAUUUACUAAAGGAAUUUUGCUCAACAACAGAAUAUAUUUCGUUAACACUGGAUAUUUGGUCUGACAGAAGAACACGUUCAUUUUGUCAUGCUAUUAUUGAUAUACUAUUUAAAUCAUAUGUUUUAUGUUUUUUACCUUUAAGUGGUAGUCAUAAUAGUGAAAAAUUACUCGAAUGUUAUAAUUUCAAAUUAUUAAUGAAUUUCAAAUACUAG